AGAGAAUGCUGUGGAAGGUGAUUAUGGUCAACUGACAUUGUGGCACUUGGUAUCAAGCGCUACACAGCUGCUCCAAAGCGCCCAUUGUUCCUGACGCACCGCGUCAACGACAGCCGCCUGCAAACCUUUCAAGACGGAGGGCCAAACUACACUCUGCAGAGCGCUUUUGGUCGAUCCGAGUCAAAUGGACGCGAUUGGUUCAAUGAGACCUCGCCACGGCAUUCAGAUCAUGUGACGAUACGUCCGUCGCCCACCCAAGAUACCGAAAUGCAGUGGCAGCGGUCCCCAAUGCGCUUGUCGUCUCUGAACACGUCAGACAUUUCGACUUCGCCAAUGGUCGGACGGGGCUACGCGCGCCCUUCAGAUGCAGACACAUCAACAUACCCAACCCAAGCAUCAAUUGAGCCUCGCGCCAUGGCCACCUACAACGACGCACCUCCGUCGAUGGCAUCUUCGUCUACUGAGCAGCAUGGCUUCAACUUGCAAUGGUCUCAACGAAGCACGGAAGCUUCUGGGCUAUCAAGAAUGCUUGAUGGCACGAGCCAAAACGAUCUGUCACCGGGCUGGCAUCAUCGCGACCUGCAUCGACCGCUACUGCAUGCUGAAGGCCCAAGCCCCAAUAAUGACCAAGGCUCUCGAUGGAAAGGUCCGUACAUGGUGCCGCUGCAACCUAGCCCGAACCAUCGAGAAAAGUGGCACACGUCGCUGUUUAAGCAGCUUGCCACGCCGAAUGGCGCGAUAGACGGUGCAAAGCCACAACAUGCAGCCAGCAACGAGGCUUCAUUUGCGGAGCCUCAUUGGAUCAGGGCAAACAAGCCCUCAGUCAGUGAAGGCCGAGGUAAACUGUGGCCCCUCCGUCAGCACCGUCACGGAACUCAACACGAUCGAAGGCGGCAAACCUUCUGUCGUCACUCGGAAAGUCGGGUCCCAUGCUGCGACGUCGGCAAUUGGGAGCCACACCGCUCCAGUUCCAAAGCCCGACCUCGUUGGCAGUUGGCAGUGGGCGAGGCAUAUGGGCAAGCCUCGCAGCGAAACCUUUGUCGAGACAUUCGCCCCAUCGACGACGAUUGCUUCAAGUCGAUACGCGCACGCGGCUACAGUGCACGACGAGUCGAAUCCGCUUUACUUCGAGCCGAAGUUUCAAGAUCAAGCCCACACACCGCCAAAUCAGUCGUCCUGCAGCCGACCAUACUCGCCAAAAUUUGAUCCCGAACGUCGCUCUACCCCGGAAACGUGCACCCCUGCAUCCACUGUGCUGCACAACGAGCCUGCUCUGACGGUCGACACGAUUCAUUUCACGCAAGUCGCAGCAAGCAUCAUUGACGAGGCCCAGUCGGCAUCGUCGUCCUGUUCAACUCCAUUGACGUCCCAUGGAUGCACCAGGAUCGUCAACAUCGACGACGACCGACCAUCGCCUCGUGACGAUACGCCGAUAGAAGAGGCGCCGAGCCAACUUUACCCAGAACAAGUGGAGCUCGGAGGCUAUCUAAGCAGCUGCACGAACGAGAGCGAUUCAAGUCAACCAGAGGACACAGACCUGUGUGCACCGACGCAGCGGCUGGUGUACGCUUCGUCGCCUGAUACGUCAGAUGUGGACGAGCCUCAAGCGCCAACCAAAUCUCAGGCUCAAGGCUAUGUAUCUCCUUCCAGGGCCAUGGUGUCCGUCGUCGCCGAGGUAUCCUGUGGACCAUGGGCCAUGCAAGAGCGGACUCGACGGAUCUUGGCCAGUUGCUCUCGGGGAAAUGUGGACGGUGCCCAAGUCGACCCCACCUUUGACGACGACGCAGCGUCCCUAGCGAUCAUUCUGUGGACACUAGUGCAGUGCUACGCGCAAUGUUGAUGCAUCUCUAUUAUUUCUAUACACAAAACUCUGCUACUGAC